AUGACAGCAGCCUGGCUCCUCCCGAUCGUAGCCUGUAUCGUUGCAGCAGCUUCCGGUGGCGUUGUUGCGUCAGUGCUACCUGAGCCAAACCACGCCCUAACCACCAUAGUCACCAGCUAUGUGCUGUGGGGUAUGGGCGUGCCACUGGCACUCGUGGUUAUGGUGAUGUACUUCCACCGUCUCGCCAUCCAUAAUCUCCCAUCUCAGGAAGUAAUCGUCAGUGUCUUCCUGCCUCUUGGACCUAUGGGACAGGGCGGAUACGCCGCUUUGAAACUCGGAAUCCAAGCUUCAAAGACCUUUCCAGAGACGAACACGUUGCAUCCAAUAGCCGGUGAAGUUCUCUACGUACUAGGCUGGAUGACCGCCAUCACGCUAUGGGGCUUUGGCUUGGUAUGGCUAUUCUUCGCAGUCGCGUCAAUCAGUCGGAGCAAAUUCCCUUUCAAUAUGGGUUGGUGGGGGUUCACCUUUCCCAUUGGCGUCUUCACGAUGUCGACAAUUACCAUCGGCCAAGAACUGCCAUCCGCGUUCUUCAGAGUUCUAGGUACGGUACUUGGUGUCAGUGUCAUACUUCUGUGGCUACUAGUCGCUGUCGGUACUGUGAAGAACAUGGUGUAUGGCAAUAUGUUCCAAGCGCCAUGCUUGCGCGAGAUGGAGAAGAAAGCAUGUGCAGCGUCUGCUGGAAUGCAACAGCAGGACGUGUGA